AUGUGUGUAGCUGUUUUGUAUAUACAUGUCCGAUUUGUUAAGACAUGUAAUAACUGUUAUUGUACACCUGUAUUUCACAUUCACACUCACGUGUUAAUUCCACACUUCUCUCUCCAGAGCAGGGUGAAGCUGCCGUACCAUGCAGAUGGGACCCAUCUGAUCAUUAAUGCUGCUAAAGAGCUUGGACAACUAUCUAAACUCAAGGAUCACAUGGUGAGGGAGGAAGCAAAGAGUCUGACUCCUAAGCAAUGUGCCGUGGUGGAGCUUGCACUAGACACUAUUAAGCAAUAUUUCCACGCUGGAGGUGUUGGUCUUAAAAAGACUUUCUUGGAGAAAAGUCCUGACUUGCAGUCUCUGCGCUAUGCACUCUCUCUAUAUACACAAGCAACGGACACACUCAUCAAAACCUUUGUCCAAACACAGACUGCUCAGGUCCAUGGUGGAAAAGGUAUUAGGUUUACUCUUAGUGAAGAGACUUAUCCAGAAAAGGGAUCUGGAGUGGAUGAUUCAGUUGGAGAGGUUUCCAUUCAUGUAGAACUCUUCACCCAUCCAGGAACAGGGGAGCACAAGAUUAGUGUCAAAGUCGUUGCUGCAAAUGAUCUGAAAUGGCAAACUUCUGGGAUUUUCCGGCCUUUUAUUGAGGUGAACAUGAUUGGUCCAAACCUGAGUGACAAAAAGAGAAAAUUCACUACAAAAUCUAAGAAUAAUAGUUGGGCCCCAAAAUACAAUGAGAGCUUCCAAUUUACACUGGGGAGUGAAAAUGGACCCGAAUGCUAUGAACUUCAGGUGUGUGUGUGUGAAAGAUUACUGCUUUGCACGUGAAGACCGAACAGUGGGCACAGCUGUCAUGCAGCUGAGAGAUCUAGCACAAAGAGGUAGCUGUGCCUGCUGGCUGCCACUUGGACGACGUAUUCAUAUGGAUGAGACAGGACUGACUAUUUUAAGAAUUUUGUCACAGCGCAACAAUGAUGAGGUGGCCAAAGAAUUUGUCAAACUCAAAAAUCUGACACUCGCUCUCCUGAAGAGGGCAGCUAG